AUGCUUCCUUCCUCGUCGUCUGCUGGAUGCAUACCCGACAAAGUGGUUGUAAGGGAUGCGGCUCUGUGUCUCAGAAGCUUUUGCGGUGAAAGGCGAUUCGUACCAUACAGCAUUUUUUGCGAACGUUUCAAGCAGUUUAUCGGUUAUUCACUCAAAGAACACUUGCAGUCACGCGGCUACAACUUUGCAAAUGUGAUUGAGCAAAUAUCAGUGACCACGCGAACAAAGUGCCGGUACGAUGCUGACCAGAAAAUGGUUCAGUUAUUGCCGGAGGAGGCUUCGAAUGAACCGAGAGCGUCUCAAGGACUCUACCCAGACGUUAGCAUAUAUGAAUCAUUGCCAAACGACAAUACUCUUCACUAUUUUCCUCCGCUCCCAAAUAUUCUACAGAUGGCAUCUGAGAGACUGAGUAUGCAAGCUCUUUUUUUGACAAAAAAUCUCGUGCUCGAAUAA